GUCCGGCUCCAGCGCUCGAACGUGGACUGUGCGAUGGUUUCACUGCCCGAUGCUUGCGCAGCUCAGUCAGACCGACAAUUAGAUGCACAAAGCAUUCUGGAGUUGGGAGCUCGGGCCAUUGGCAGCGGAGGAGGCGCAGUUGGGAUGAUGCGUGAGCGAGGGACAUGACGGAAAGAGCAAUUGGAGGUUUCUCGGUGCUCAUGACGCGUCACGAAAGUCGCUCCGGGGGCUUGAUGCCGACGAUGGAAAUCACGGCAGGCGACGGGGCGAUCGUGUCACCUUACUUGGCAAGUGCACAACACCGAAUUGCUUGCUUCGGCCUGCGAAGCGUUUGGAUCAAGUUUGACCCGCACGCCCAGGCAGACAUUAAUAGAGUUCUCCUGAAAAGGCGACGCUUUGUGCUUCCACGUAUGCCUGUUGCGGGCCCUGCCGGGAAUCAUGCGCAGCUGCAGUGAUGAUCCGGUGUCGUUUGGGAAACAUUUGCUUUACAUUUGUGGAGUGCAGAUGUGAUCUGAACACCUCUUUGUUGUUCCUGCCGGGACUGCUCACGGGCUUUCGAUUUAUCAUAUUCUCUCAAAUCUCCUUCUUCUGCACUAUACCUGUGUAUUCUCAUCUUAUUGUGUCUGAACGUGCGCACGACGGUCUUCGAUC